AACGAAUGUCACCGGAAGUAGCGUCAUCACCGGAAACAGGAAGUACACGAGCACAACGCUUACAUGGAGCUCUUCUUGAGAUAAAAUGAGACAUCUACGCUUCCCCCUCUUCCGCCGCAUUGCUGCCACUAGUUUGCUCCGUCGCCAACUUUGUCACCCUGAGACUGUACCAGAUCGUAUUUGCAAACAAUGGCGAGCUGCGAGCGCCGCCCUAACCCGGCACGUCCAGGACCUGAGCGGGCCCGAGCAGAGGCUUUUGAAUAAACUCUACACGGGCCUGAUCGGAGGUCACCGGGCUUCUCUGGCCGAGUCUAUAACGCUAGUGGAGACGCAACAUCCGCGGAAGAAGGAGUUGGCUCAGGUGAUGCUACAGAAGGUUCUGGCAUACAGGAGGGAGCAGGAAAAUUGCAAUGGAGGAAAGCCAGUGUCCUUUAGAGUAGGUCUCUCCGGUCCUCCCGGAGCGGGGAAGUCAUCAUUCAUCGAAGUGGUGGGCAAGAUGCUGACGGGACGUGGACACAAAGUGUCGGUUCUGGCCGUCGACCCGUCUUCCUGCACGACCGGAGGCUCUCUCAUGGGAGACAAGACGCGCAUGACGGAGCUCUCCCGCGACAUGAACGCCUUCAUCCGGCCGUCGCCCACGUCGGGGACGCUCGGCGGCGUCACCAGGACGACCAACGAGGCCGUCGUCCUCUGCGAGGCCGCGGGUUACGACGUGGUCCUGGUGGAGACAGUGGGUGUCGGCCAGUCAGAGUUUGCGGUGGCGGACAUGGUCGACAUGUUUGUGUUGCUAAUUCCACCAGCGGGGGGUGACGAACUGCAGGGCAUCAAGAGGGGAAUCAUAGAGAGGGCUGACCUAGUGGUGGUGACCAAAUCGGAUGGAGACCUGUUGGUUCCGGCCAGGCGGAUCCAGGCGGAAUAUACCAGUGCUAUGAAGCUGCUCAGGAGGCAGUCCAAGUCGUGGAAUCCAAAGGUGGUCCGCGCUUCGUCACACAGCGCCGAGGGUAUUGCGGAAGUCUGGGCCGAGAUGCAGUCGUACCAAAGCGCCAUGUUGGCUAGCGGCGAGCUGCAGGACCGGCGCCGGGCUCAGCAGAAGAUAUGGAUGUGGACCUUGAUCCAGGAGAACGUUCUUGCCCACUUUCGCCAUCACCCCGCCGUUCGGGAGGCCUUGCCCCACCUGGAGGAGAAGGUCACCCAGGGGGACAUCUCUCCAGGCCUGGCUUCUGACUUACUCCUCAAAGCCUUUCUGUCAUCAUCCUCGUAUUCGGCAGAGGAAUACGGGCAGAGCUGAUGAACUGGAACUUUUCAAAACUGGAUGCUUUUGUGACUGAAACAGAGACAAACUAACAAUUUCAAUGGAAAAACUCAAAUCACCGGAAUUGUUUUAAUAUCCUGCAGUACCAGAAAUUGCCAAAAGAGACUGGCUUCAAAACAGGAAUCCUUCAUUCAUGUGUUAUACAGUAAAAUGUGCAAUUUUAGCAUAAAAAUAAACUUGGCACAAACUUUUACAAACUCUGUACACAAUUUUCAUGUAUUGAUUGUUAAGAUUUUUAUUAUGUAUAUAAAAUUAAAGAGUCCAUUUAUGAUGAAGA